AUGACUACCACGACCCAUCCCGAGUUCAAUGCUAAUACCGAGGGCAUUGAGGUCGCCAAAGCCUUUCCCGACAGCGUCCGUGGCAAGACAAUUAUUGUCUCGGGUGUGAACCGCAAUGGAAUUGGCUUCACCACGGCUCAGGCCUUGGCCUCACAGAGUCCUGCCCGCCUCAUCCUCGCCGGGCGUACUCCAGCCAAACUCCAAGCCUGCAUUGAUGCGCUUAAAUCCGAGUACCCUGGUGUGGACUACCGGCUGCUGGAGAUUGACCUCUCCAGCCAGAAAUCUGUCCGAGCCGCCGCCGCCAUUGUCCUCUCCUGGUCCGACGUCCCGGAGGUCAAUAUCAUCAUCAACAGCGCUGGCGUUGCCGGAAUCCAACAGCGCACGCUGUCCGAAGAUGGCAUUGAACUGCAUCUUGCCACCAACCAUAUCGGCCACUGGCUUUUUACGUGCCUCAUCAUGUCUAAGCUGAUCAAGGCUGCGGAGUCUAGCCCCAAAGGCGCCACGCGCAUCGUCAACGUCAGCUCAGGCUCACCUCAAAUUUCCUCCUUCCGCUGGAGUGACAUCAAUUUUGAGAAGAAGAACAAGGAUUUGCCCGAGGCAGAGCAGCCGCAAUACGAAUGGAUGAAAGCAUGGGGCUAUACGCAAGAUCUCAAGGAGGAGACUUAUGUGCCCAUCGAUGGGUACAACCGAAGCAAGGUGGCCAAUGUGCUGUUCGGCAUUGGUGCCAACAAACGGCUUUUUGAGACCCAUGGCAUUCUGACCACGGCUGUUCAUCCUGGUGUUAUUCACACCGAGCUGGUCAGAUAUUUCGAUGACCAGACAUUGGGGGCUAUCAAGGCCCUAUCCGAUCGUAAUGUCUACAUGUAUCGGAGCCUGGAAGCUGGGGCUUCGACCAGCCUGGUGGCAGCGUUGGACCCGAAGCUGAAGGUGGAAACAAGGGAUGGGAGCGAGAACCUUGGAGCUUACUUGGUGGAUUGCCAGGUCAGCACCACUGCUACCGCCCUGGCGACAUCUAGCGAAGAGGCCGAGAAGCUGUGGAAGCUAUCUGAGAAGUUGGUGAAGCAGGAGUUCUCCUGGUAA